AUGUAUUUUUUAAUAUGCAUCACAACAGUUUUAGCAAACUAUAAUACCUAAUAUGUUACUGAUUAAUUAAAAAUAGAGCAUAAUAAUCUUGAUGCUUAAAAGACUUAUUUAAUAUAGAUGAUCAUUACAUAAUUUCCAGUAGACACAUAUUGCUUACCUUUGAUGAAAGUUUAAAUUGCUUCCCAAAAUUAUUUUGAUUCAUAAUCAUACUCUAUCAGAUCUAAUAUCUAAUCUAUCUUCAUUUAAUAAACUGAAAAUAUUGUUAUAGAAAUAAGUUGUCAUGUUUUGGAUCAUUUUACAAACAUUAAAGAUUUCAACAAAACAAUGCAUUUUAAUUUAACUAUAAAUGAAGCAGUAUUAAUUUAUUUUAUAAUAUUAUAUAUAGGUAAUAAAAUAAUAGAAAUCUUGUCACUUUCCUUACUAUGGAUAGGAUUGUUCACUUCAAAUGUAAAAAAUAUAAACUGAUUAUUAAAUCACUAUUAAUGUACUUAAUAAUUCAUGGUUCUAUGCUUAUGUAAUACUUGAUAAUAAAGAUUAUGAUGUAUGACUAAUUUAAUAAUAAUAAUAAGAUUCUAAUUCAAAACUAAGAAACAUUGUUUGGAAUAUCCUCUAUACCAGCAGACAAACUUAAUAUUACAAUAUUACCUACAUUCUUUACAAAUUUUGAAAUACUUGAAUAGAGUUAAAAGGAAAAAUCUAUUAGUUUGACAAGAGAGACAGAUAUCUCAGAUUAUAUAUUUAUAUUUGGAUUAUUCAAUUUUAAUUCAACACAAAUUUAAGAAAUAACAAUUUCAUUUAUGUAUUUAAUAAUUAUUAUUAUAUUAGAUCUUUAGAGGAUAUUCAUGAAUUUCCUUAUUGGGCAACCAUACUUUUAUCAUCAAUCUUUCUAUUUGGUAUCCUUGUGGCACUCCUAAUAUAUAUAAGUUAUAAAAGAUAAUAUAAAAAAUUAACUUAAAUUAAACCUGCACUUGAUAGAAAGACUUUGAAAAAAUAUAUGGUAAUUUAAAAAAUAGAUUCAAAAAUGAUACAUGAAACUUGUGCAGUAUGUUUGAUACAAUUUGAAAUUUAAGAGAAAUACAGAUAAACACCAUGCAAACAUAAUUUUCAUGAUUAAUGUUUAUCAGAUUGGUAUUUAAUUUAUCUAUUUAGGACUAUUAAAUAAGCAAAUUGUCCAGUUUGUAGAUAAAGUCUACAAGAACAAGAUAUUUAAAAAUUAUUAGAAUGCAAAACUUAAUUACCUAAGUUAAAUUUAGAAAUUAAUGAGAAAAUUGAAUUAAAAGAAGGUGAAUAAUAAUAAAGUGAUAGAGGUGCUCUAUAUAUACAUUUUGUUCCAACUCCAUAUAGAACUACAUGUAGAUUAGACUUAGACAAUUCUCCAUAAGGAGAACAUUCACCUUAAACAGUUUAAUUUGAUGGAACACCAAAUCAUCAAAGUUAAAGAGAUCUUUGUAAAAAUUAAGAUAGAAUUGUUGAAUCAUAAUUAUGA